UGGAUAGCUCUACUGUUCACAUCGUCGUGCUUCUGUUUCUCACUGCCCGUAGUCAGCUAUAGCUAAUCAUUACCAGUCAACAUGAGUAAGCAAUCCUUAUCAAGAUCCCAAGAGGGAGAUUCUGGAUUCAUCAAGAGGAAAACCGUCGUGAUCCAGAGAGGUGGUGCUCCUGCCAGCAACAGCUAUGGAUAUUCCAGACAAUCCAUGAGUUUUGGAAAUAUCGGACUCGCUCCCGGUACCUAUUCCACCAUUUCCCAUGAGGGAGUCAACGAUAUGAAAGGCAAACGACAACAUGAAAAGAAAGAGAUGCAAAACUUGAACGAGAGAUUUGGUAAUUACAUCGAAAAAGUGCGAUUUUUGGAAACCUUCAACGCUCAAUUGGAAAAUGAAUUGGAAGCUUACAGAAACCAGAAACACACCGAUUUCAAACCAAUUCGGGAUAUGUAUGAAAAUGAAUUGGCUCAAGCCAGAAAGGUGAUCGAUGAAUUGUCUGCUGAAAAAGGUGGCUACGAUGCUAAAAUGGCUGGACUUCAAGAUUUAGUCGACACUUUGAGAAAAGAAAUCGAAAUUCUUGAAAGUCAUGCUAAAGAUUACCGAGCAACCAUCGACAACCAGGCUGCCCAGAUCGGCGGAUUCGAAGGAGAACUCCAAACCUUGAGAAACAGAAUCGCCAACUUGGAAAAUGAAAAUGAUAAGGUUCGACAACUCAACAACCAACGAAGCGAAGAAAACAGAAGACUCAGAACCGAUUUGGACAACGAAACCGCUGCCCAUAUCGAAGCUGACUGCAGAGCUUCCGGUUUAGAAGAAGAAGUUGAAUUCUUGAGAGCUCUGCUCGACAAGAUGCCAGCUGAACCCCAACCUGUUAAAAUCAAGGGUCUUGACUUAAAGGACUUCUGGCAGAACAACAUGUCCAAGGCUAUCCGAGAUAUCCAGAACGAAUAUGACAAUAAACUUGAUCUGAUGAGACAAGAUUGUGAAACCAGAUACUCUGCCCAGAUCCGACAAGUCCAGAGUGGAGCUGUCCGAGACAACUUCGAAACCCAACAAGCUAAAGAAGAAAUCAAGAAAUUGAAAACCACUUUGAACAGCACCAAUGCUAGAAUUGCCGACUUAGAAGCCAGAAAUGCAUCUCUCCAAGCUGAACUCAACGAACAGAGAGGUUUAGUCAAGAGCUUGGAAUUGGAAUUAGAUGAAGCUAAACACGCCCAUAUGACCGAUAAACAGAGACUGCAAUCCGAACUCGAAGCCUGUCUUGAAGAACUUAGAAUGAUCACCGAUGCCAAACUUUCCCUGGAAUUGGAAAUUUCAUGCUACAGACAACUCUUGGAGGGUGAAGAAAACAGACUGGGACUCAAGAACAUCGUUGAACAAGCUAUGGGAAUCCAAACUAAAGGAAGCACCAACUUGGCCAGCAUCGUCGGUGGAGGUUCAAGCGGUGGACGAUCUGAAACCAGAACCGAAUCAACCAGAAGUAUUGGAGGUGGAGGAAGUGGAAGCUCUGUCGUCAAGACAACUACCACAACCGUGAAAUCAUCAUCUUCUUCUUCCGGUGGCCGAUACAACUAAAAUUAAAGAUCAUGACUCUUCAAUAAGAAACGAAAUAUUAAUGUUUUCGUUUGUCAUAAAUUUUGUACAUUCUCUUAUUUUCACCUCUUAUAUCUCAACAUGUUUGGAUGAAUGAAUUUUUGCCUACCGUAAUAUUUUAAGAGUUAUUGCCCUUGAUUGCAGCCUAGUAGGUCCACGAUUUAGGUGAAGCUGGAUGCAAAGAUAAGAUCUGGUUUCUAGAUUUAUUUUCAUUUUUUAAUUAACUUUUUCUUUUGUUACUUUUCAAUGUUUUUUUUUUCGAAUGAAAGAAAAUUAUUGGUCGAGGGUGUACGAAGCUGAAAAUGCCUAAAUUCGUUUAAAGCCGAAGAACAAUUUUCCAUAAUUCGAAAAACUCGAAUUUGAAAUUGAGCUAGGUCACGUGACGCUGAUAAUUUUGCUUGAAUAACAAUCGAUGUGUAGAUAUGAACCUUAGUUGUAGAAAUGCAAAACAAUAUAUUUACAAAUUUCCAAAUAUUUUUCAUAUAACUUCGUUUACUGCUACCCGUUCUUUCGUUCUGUUAUACCGUUUCUGCUUUUAAAUGAUCCGAAUAUGUAGAUGCUUUUAAAACAAACGUUUUGUGAUCUGUACUAUUAUCUAUUUAUGUAGCCUGUCGAACACGAGUUGAAACAAUAAAGUUGGCUUAUUUAUUUAUA